GUACUUAGUUAUGUUGACUGCAUUACUGUUAGUCCAAUAAUCUUGUCCGAGCGGUUCACGCUAUGACAUAGUAUAGGCUUUUGACGAGUCGAAUUCUCGUCCCGAGACGACAGAUCCAAGACGACGUCAAGCAAAUAUCGCGAUAAAUCUGAUCAAAUUCGAAACGUGUGUUCGGUGCAAAAGAGUCGAGAGGGUAGCAUUGAUGUGAUAGAGUUUGGAGAUCAAUCCUAUCGAUAUUAUCCGUAUCAUUUAGUAGUACCCAGAACUUCGUCUUCAGUCUUGCUCAGCACCCAUAUCGAUACUGAAUAUGAAAAGUAAACCUAGCUUCCAUAUACCUUUCUUCUGUUUCAAUCUGUUGUUCUUACCGCUUGCUUCAAGCUUCUCAUGGGAUAUCUGGAAGGUCUUUCAACCAGAUUCCAAUCCACGGCAGAACCCGCAUUCAGAACGAAGCGUCAAGCGCAUCUCACAUCAGGCUGCAUCCGAUUCACAUCAAGAUGUGCUUCUCGACGAUGCAACAUGGUUCGAUGUUGACGGCACACCAUUGUUCUACGGUGCAUGGCGAGCCAAACCUGGAGCAACAUCUGCAGAGCCAGUAUCUCGAUCGAGUUUAGUGAAGUAUGGGGCACGUGUGGCAUGCUGGCCCAGCUCAGGUGGUAUUUGGAUCAAGCAUGCCGAUCUUGUCGACCUAAACUUUCUAGGUCUAUCCCGUAUCGAAGAUACGCCUAGACAGUUCAACCAGACUGCAGAGGACGAGUUUUGCACGAAACUAAAGAUGACGGGUCCUGAGUGGUGGAAAUUGCCUGCCACUUUCGGAGAGAGGGAGCAUUUAGGCAAGGAGCAGUUUACGUGCGACACGCUGGAGGAUUGCUUCAGGCCAGACAUCAAGAACCACUACCUUAUCGCAUGGCCAGAGACUGCAAUGGUUGUAUGCUAUAUCCCAAUCGUACAAGCCGAGGAAAGGGGAGAGACCUCUCUCACCAGGUACUACAACGCAAUGGAUAUGGAAGAGCGCUGCGACAUGAUCAGGAGCCUUGGAGGCAAAUGGUGCCGCUGCAAGGCUGAGUGUCCGGAUCUCAAGAAUUUGGAUUGGAGCUUUCGAGAUCCGGGGAUCGGCGGUUGUCAUGAUCCCCCGUUACUUAUCGACGAUAUGGAAGCGCUUGGUGUCGGACCUGGUUCCAACUAAACGAGCAAAGUUGUCCAAUGGUUUAACAGGCAUUGUGGGAGGAAUGCGUCGAAGAAACUUAUAGGUUGUGACACAUUUAUUGCAGCCUAGACACUUCCAGGCAUAGGAGAAACCCCAAUGAAGCAAAGUUAUCACUACCAACCCAUUCAAGACAUGUAUAUCAAUAAAGGCAUGAUCAACCUUCCUGAGGCAUACAUGAGGCUCAGCUAGGAAUCAUUUGUCCUAAGUAAGAGAUUGAUUGCCUUUUGUAGUCAUCCUGAUUAAACAGAUCAGGGCCCGAAGAAUAAGUUUUACUCAUAACAGCAUUACCAGUGCUUGCUAAUACAAUCAGGGGACAGCUAAGAAGUUUAUUCACCGACAUCUUGUUUUUGUCGAUCA